GUGAUCUGUUUGUGUACACGGAGAGAUACGCGGAUACUUGAAGCUGAUUGGCCUCUUUGUUCCAUGUGACAGGAAUUGUUGGAAAUCGAGUUGGCUGCCGAAUGAUCCAACGACGUCGAAAUUGAUAUUUUCGACCGGACAAUGAAGGAUUGAAAGGAAGUGAUCGCCGAUCGAUGAUAUCGAAGAGCUGCUAAUCCUACAAAACGGAUGAACGAGUGGAAACUAUGCUGGCAUAUUGUACAUCAUUUUCGAUCGAAGAAUAUAUCGAGCGAAUACACGAGGAAAGCACGGAGUAAUGAUCAGAGCUACGCGGUCCGAGCUGUUGACCGCGAAUUUCAGACAGGCGAGUCACACUGUGCACGACUGGCGACGAAAAUUCGGUCUGAGUGGCAAUCUAUUGUUGAGAUUCCUUCUUGGCCUUUGUUACAUCACGGGUACCUGUUGUGAUUGGAAGGAGAGAGCGCCACGCGGGUUCAGCAACUCACAGAUGGCUCUGAGUCGAUUGCAACAGCUCGGCCAAUGCGAUUUGGAGAAGAUCUGUGAUUGGACAUGGAACCACACUAACGGUUUCAACAAAACCACGCAUUCGGCGCAAAAUAAAUAUGGGCCUACUACGGAUGCCAGUAAUUCGACAGACGGACAUUUUUUAUGGUUCAGCGGCAAGGGACAAGCUCAAAUAUUGUCCCCCAUGAUUCCUCAGACUGGAUUGCAUUGUGUGUUAGAAAUAGCCCUUUACCAAGUCGAAAUGAAAAAUGGUACUAUUAACUUGCUUAUAAUCACGAGCGAUGCGGAUUGGAUUGCCGCGAAAAAGUCAGGAAAUAAUUAUGCGAAAUGGGAAAAAACAGUUUUUAAACUUGGUGUGAUUACUCAACCACAUCAUUUACUACUAGAGAUUCUGACACGCUAUUCUAACUCUAGCGUCGGAGUUGAUAAUCUUCGUCUAGUGGACUGUUUUCCGGAAUCAACACCGGUGAAGAUGGCCUGUACGGAAGGUGAUGCCUAUAUGUUCCGCUGUAAGAAUGGUUCGUGUUUAAAAAGGGCACAUGUCUGUGAUCUAACAAAAGACUGCGCUGACGGCGAUGACGAGGAGUUCGACUGCGACAAAAUGCCGGAGAAUACCAGAUGUAAUUUCGAGCACGGAUGGUGUGGCUGGAGAAACGUACCGGGAAGACCUUUAAAUUGGACCCUCAAUCGUGGCGCAACGCCGUCCGAGAGAACUGGACCUAGUUACGAUCAUACAUACCGCAAUGCGUCCGGGACGUAUGCAUAUGUGAGUAUGUCAACACGAGUGAAAUAUGCUAGUCGUGGUACCAUUGAAAGUCCAUUGUACAAUCCAACACCACCUUAUCAUGGCGAUCCAAAAAGUCCUUAUUAUAAAUCGUGUCAAGUGCGGUUCUUUUAUCAUCACUAUGGGGUUCACAGUGGUUUACUUGAAUUGUAUUUAAUUCAAGUAAAACGUCAUGAAAAUCACCAUGAAUCCUUAUGGACUGCUUAUCUGAAAGUUGACAGAAGUAACGCUUGGUACAAUAAAAUUGUUCCUUUACCUGAUAUCAAAUACAGGUAUUAUCUCCAAUUUGAGGUAAAAAAAGGCUAUGAUCCAAAAGCCGACGUAGCAAUUGAUGAUUUUUCUCUGAGCCCCGAGUGUUUUGGCAUUGGUGUUCCACCUCAAAUCGUGGGAGAUUUCAAUUACUACAAUCCUGUUAUAGAUUCGGAAAAAGUCCCAGAUCCACAUGCAGACUUUGUUAAUAAAACUGUUAUAAGACUUACUACAUGUGGAAAUACAGGUAGAAUAGGUCCUAGUCCUGAACAGUGUGCUGAAGAAUACAAUAGAACAGACAUAGAGUUACUUGUGCCUCCACCAAACUGGGAAGAACCUUCUUCUUACAACUUAAAUGGUGUUCAACGAUGGACAGCGCCUCGCGGAGGAUAUUAUACUUUGAUUGGCUUGGGUGCUCGUGGCGGGAAAGGCUCUAGCGGUAUGGGAAGUACAUUAGGAGCAUUUGUUCGUGGUGUGAUCGAAUUAGAAAAGGGUGAACAACUGUAUUUCAUGGUUGGGCAAGCAGGAAUUGAUGCAUGUCUUAAGACCUUAGAACAAAAAUCGGAUAACUGCUCUGCAUCAUCGCCUCCUUCGGGAUUCUUUUCAAUAGUACACGAAAUAAAAAAGAUCAAGAUAGAAGACGGCGGUGGUGGCGGAGGAGGAGCAACGUAUAUCUUUACAAUAAAAGGUAAUGGAGAACAGCAUCCAAUACUAAUCGCAGCGGGUGGAGGUGGUUUAGGUUUGGGACAAUUUGACGAUACUGGGCAUCAACAUGGACGAGGUCCUGCUCCAUCUGGAAAACUAUCCACUUCGAGCACAGUUUCCUCGUCAGAGGCAGGUGGGCCUGGCGGCGGGUGGAACGGGACAUCAAGUAGCGCUUUGGGUCAACGAACUUCCGCUGGCAUGUCCCUUGUUAGGGGCGGCGUAGGAGGAAUUGCUUGCGGUCCUGGAAAUCAGAGUCACGGCAACGGAGGAUUCGGCGGCGGAGGUGGUGGAUGUCUCAGAGGAGGUGGUGGUGGUGGUUAUAUAGGUGGUGAUAACGGUCACAAGGAAUCGGGUAACGGUGAAGGCGGUUAUUCCUAUGCUAGCCACGAGCUUAUGCACGUUCACUUCCUACCAGGGAUAAAUCAUGGAUCUGGAGAGGUUUACAUCAUUCCUGAUAUUAGUGGUUGUGGUUGUGACUUCCGUUGUGUCUCUCUCGAUCAGUAUCUCAGCGAGACAAAGUGUCUUUGUCCACCAGGCUGGUUAUUAAGUAAUAACUCAAAAUCUUGUGUCAUGACUGACGAUUUAAAGGUUACCCAUCAAAAGUUCUUAUUUUGGGUCAUAGCUCUAAUCACUGGCCUACUAUUUGUUCUAACAGUUCUCUGCCUAGUACUUUAUGAUCGUUACCAAAAUCGCAAAGCGAUUUUACAACGACGACAAGUAAUGUUUGGUAACGGAACUGAAUUAACGUCGCUACGUGCUGUUUCCGAAACUAUGAUGACUCAAUUUAAUCCAAACUACGAAUUCGCCGGAAAUCUCUACAGGUUUAAAGAUUUACCACAAAUCCCCCGUGAUUAUAUAACUUUAGGAAAACCUCUUGGUCAAGGUGCUUUCGGUGAGGUCUUCCAAGGUGUCUAUAAAAAUAAACGUAAUGAAGAGCUACCAGUCGCCGUAAAAACAAUACCCUCUUCGUCGAAGCCACAAACAGAAGCAGAUUUCAUGAUGGAAGCUUUAAUUAUGAGCAAAUUCGAGCACCGCAAUAUAGUACACUUCAUCGGAGUUUCUUUUGACAAAAAUCCGAAGUAUAUAGUUUUAGAAUUGCUUGCUGGCGGAAAUUUGAAGAACUUUCUUCGAGAAGAACGACCACGCGCGGAUCGGCCCACUUCGUUGACGAUGCUGGAUCUGAUAUUAUGUGGAUACGAUGUCGUAAACGGCUGCAAAUAUAUGGAAGAUGCCCGAUUUAUCCAUCGAGAUAUUGCUGCCAGAAAUUGUUUACUUACGUGUAAAGGAUCCGGUCGAGUAGUGAAGAUUGCAGAUUUCGGGAUGGCUAAAGAUAUUUAUAGGAGCGAUUAUUACAGAAAAGGAGGCAAAGCUAUGUUACCGAUUAGAUGGAUGCCACCGGAAAGUUUCUUAGAUGGAAUAUUUACUACGAAAACCGAUGUAUGGGCAUUUGGAGUUUUGCUGUGGGAAAUUAUGUCGUUUGGUUAUAUACCUUACACUGGCUGUACUAAUAGACAAGUUAUGUUAAUGGUAACGUCAGGAGGUCGCCUGGAAAAACCAGCAGGAUGCCCUGAUCCUAUUUAUGGAAUAAUGACAAGUUGUUGGCACCCAUCCCCCGAAAACCGCCCUAGUUUUACAACUAUUGUUGAGAGAAUUGGUUAUUGCUUACAGGACCCUGACGUGAUAAAUCAUCCAACACCCAAUUUCGACACUUUACCAAUUUGCGAUCGUGAAAUAACUAUCAUGAGGCCAGAUCCAGAAACAGAAUGUAUUAAUGUACACUUAGAACUGGACGCAUGUGGAUACAUGCAACCCAGAAUUAUCGAUCCGCGAUUGGCGAGUCAACAUAUGGCUCAAGCUAUAGCAGGCAAUAAUCUUAAUCCCAGAAACGAAAAUCCGAAUCGAACCAAUUUGAAUGAAAGAAAUAACUUGCACCCAACAGACAGUCUGCAAGGAGAAUUUCAAUCUAAUCCGUAUGGCUCUAGUACAGAUAUUUCUGAACAAACCUUUGUUGAAAACGCGAGUCGCGGUGAUUUUAAUGAUGAGAGCGAUCGUUCAGAGAACAAACAUACGAUUGACAGCUCAAAUCGCGAAGAAAAAAGCGUACAUCGAACUUCAAUGGACAUCGAAAAUAGUGGUAAGUUAAGAAUCGCAGACAAUGGUAACAACCGUCCAGCAGAUAUCGAUAGUCGUCGAAGCAGCACAGUCGACGUGACAGACGCGUAUAGAAGAAAUGGUAACGAGAGCAUAACCACCACCGACACGAAUUCUGACUCUCUGAUCGUGGCUUCCUCGGAUACACCGCCUGAUACGACGAAUUCGUCUCCGAAUACACGUACCUGUUCCCCUAGUCACACUGGCCUAAAUACGAGUGCUACUAAUGUAAAUGGAAUGUUAAAGAAACACGCCCUAAAGGCUGCUCUCAGUUUGGAUCCUAGCGCUCUAUGUCGUGGACCGAUACCAUACGAAAAAAUAGCCUUCUCGCCACCACCACAACGUUCGAGUACUCCUGGUAGUAUGGAAAUCAAGAAGGCAAGGCUGGUCGAAUCGCCUUCAUCCUCGAUACAUUAUGAUUUAAAAAAUAAUAUACCACCGGACAACGAUCGUAAUUUCUCCACAAAGCGUUUAAUUAUUAAAAGAAAAGGGUGAAGAUCGAUCUCGAGUUAAGUACCGGAAACUCUAUUGGUAUCGUCAUUCUUGCCGUGAAGACUACCUGAUUGUUGGUGCAUGAAAAAUGAAUAAUAGGAUAUCCUCGCCUACCUCGUUGACUCAUUGUUAGCUUGUGAAAGAACGAUGGAUGGUGGAAAGUCCAUUACUUUAACAUCGACCUCGUUGUAUACGAUCGUUAA